AGCAUUCCGGAAUUUUGACAACCCAGUGUUUAUUAAAUAAAUGGUCAAUGACGUAGUCGUGGGAAAAGGAAUAAGAAAGUUUCGCAUGGGUGUAAUAAAGAGAUGACUCAAUGUAAAGUCUUAUGAAAGUUCAAGUGCAAUACCCAAAAUUUUCGAAGGAACCACGAUGAUAGGAAAACUAGAAUUAGAGGAGUGUCUCAGAGAUUCGCCAAAGUUCAGGAGUUUUUUGGAGGAGGAGGAAGCUAGUAUAGAUCAGCUAGAGCAAAAACUAGAUAAAAUACUCAAAAUUUGUGGAUCAAUGGUAGAUAGUGGAAAAACAUAUGUUGCUCAACAAAGUUUAUUCGCAAACAGUUUAUGGGAUCUUAGCACUCACUUCCGUGAAGAUUCAGUGGUGCUUUCAUCGCUCAAUAAACUCAUACACAGUUUACAGGAAAUGAACAAAUUUCAUACAACACUGCUAGAUCAGGCUUCAAGGAGCAUCCUCAAGAAUCUCACUUCGUUCAUAAAGAAUGAUAUAAAGAAUGUUAAAGAUUAUAAGCUGCAUUUUGAGAAAAUUUCUGCUGAAUAUGAUGCUGUGCUACUUAGAAAUUCGCAUACACCCAAGAAUAAGCACCAGGAAGUUAUCGAUAUACAGAAUAUUCUCUUAGCAGUUAGAUCUUGCUUUUGCCAUCAAGGUUUGGAUUAUAUUAAUAGCAUUACAACUUUACAAUCUAAGAAAAGACAUGAAAUAUUGAGCACAUUGUUAUCAUAUAUGCACGCUUGUAGUACUUACUAUCAUCAAGGCUCAGAGUUAUGUGCAGAUUUGGAGCCAUUCUUCAAAAAACUCUCAACGGAGAUUGGCGAGAUACAGUAUGAGACUUACAAAAUUGGAAAAGAGUUAGAAAAUCGUCACGCAAUAGUGUCAAAUUCAGAUUUCGUUCCCAAAGAAAUGAGCGGAAAGGACGGCAUCAUAAUGGAAGGUUAUCUGUUCAAGAGAACUUCAAAUGCCUUCAAAACGUGGAAUAGGAGAUGGUUUUAUUUGUACAAAAAUAAAUUGGUGUACAGGAAAAGAUCUGGUGAAGAAGGAGAGACUAUAAUGGAAGAUGAUUUGAGAAUAUGCACUGUGAAACCUGUCAUCGAGGGAGAGAGAAGAUUCUGUUUUGAAGUCUUGUCUCCAUCCAAAAGCCACAUGCUUCAAGCAGAUUCGAAAGAAUUGUAUGAUGCUUGGAUAUCAGCAUUGCAAAAAGGUAUUGGAGCAGCAAUCCAAAGAAUAAGCACUUUCGAUUCCGGCACCGAUAGUCUGAAUACAUCCUCUAAAACAGAUUCGAGCCAGAACAUCGGUAAUGGGGCGGUGAAGAACAAAAAUAAAUUCAAGAAGUCGAAAAUGUGGGAACAGCUCGUGAAAAUCCCGGGUAAUAAUGUUUGCUGCGAUUGUGAAAGUCCUAACCCAAAAUGGGCUAGCAUUAAUCUUGGUAUUACGCUUUGUAUAGAAUGUUCUGGAGUGCAUAGGAGUCUAGGUGUUCAUUACAGUAAGGUCAGGUCUUUGACCUUGGACGAUUGGGAGCCCGAGAACGUGAAAGUUAUGGCAGAGCUGGGAAAUUUGAUUAUCAAUAAGGUUUACGAGGCCAACGUUCCAGACAGCUUCGUUAGGGCAACAGCCAACUGCAUAGGCCAAGUCCGGGAGGCCUGGAUCAAGGCGAAAUACGUCGACAAGAAGUUCGUCAAGACGCUGCCAGAGUUCAGGUCUUCGCCGACUGAGAGGGCCUCCAGAUCCAGCCUGAUGGAGGUCAGAAAAUGGUCGGUGAGAAAACUGAGACGGAGGCCCAGAAGCUGCGACAAUUCGAGAAAGAAAAGGGACAAGUCCAGGAACAAGGAACCCAUCCCGGAGGACGAAUCCGACAGUGCCAUAGAGAAGGGUGAUAAGAGUCCGGAGAGUUCCGGGUCCGAUAUGGAGAGUAGGAAGAGCGUGUUGCUGUUCGGCAGCGACCUGGAAAAGCAACCAAUGAACGAGGCUUUAGAUCUGAGCAGCGAUCAAGAAUCUACCGGUGGGGAGGACGAGGAUAUUUUAGAAGCUGAAGACAUAUCAAAGUUACACCCGAACUUGUUGCUGUACAAAGCGUCAGCGGCUCAUAAUUUACCUGUGAUGUGCGAAGCCAUAGCUCUAGGCGCCGAUAUCCACUGGAACAACCCCGAAGACAGGGGUAGGACCUCUUUACAUCAAGGAGUACUCAGCGGUUCCGUGAUGCCUUGCGCUUACCUGAUAUUGAACAACGCGAGGGUGAAUUCUCAGGACGAAAACCUCAAAACGCCGUUGCAUCUGGCGACCCAAAAGGGACACACGGCCCAGGUCUGUUUGUUCCUGAAACACAGAGCUAACAUCGCGAUCGAGGACGACGAGGGCAAGACGGCUCUGGCCAUGGCCGAACAGAAGAAGAACGCCGAUAUUGUGACUCUGUUGAGAAUAGCGCGUUUCAACGAGGAGAUGAAGGAAUGCGAACCCGGACUAACGGGAGAUGAAAUGUUCAACGAUGUAGUCAGAGAUUUUUCCCAGAUGGCCUGUUCCCAUCCGGAAAGACUUCAGAGAUCGAAGUCUCCCGAAGACGAAGCUUGAAGGUAUAGAUCUGUUUUUCGUCAAAGCUCUGUGCUUAUUUAAAUACAGCUCCAAUAGUUGUUGAAGUUAUUAUUAUACUCUACACUCAAUCGAGGGUCAAUUAUUGGAUUAAAAUCGGAAUAGGAGUAAAUUCCGAUCCGCUAAGGACAGUUCGAGAAACAGGGGUUUGGUAGAAACUGCGAUUCAAACAUUCCUAGCUUUUUCCUCGCUUUUUAGGGAAAAUAUAUUCGGAAAAACGUUUUCAUCAAUUCAUCUACUUAUAUUUUCUUUUUCACCAUGACAUUGACAGUAUUAUUCCUUGAAAUCAUUCCAACGCAAUUUCCAUUAAAUUAAAACGUUGAAUUAUCUACCAAGUGCCUUCCCAACGAUGGCUGACUUCAACACUGCAUAAAUUUUGGGAAAAAUUGAAUUUUUACGAGUUUUAUUGGGCAUAGGAAAAAUAGAGGCCAUACAUUGAGAUUCCUCGGUUUUCAGGUUGUUUGGGACGACCGAAACCCGAACCAAAUGAAUUUUUAAAUGAUUUCUUGUUGCAAAUUUUUUUAAUGGUUGUUAUCAAUUUUAUCGAGCUUUAGCAAUUUUACAUUUUACUCAGUAUGUAACAAUGGUACUAAUCUAUACUUAGCGAUAUUUACCCUAAACGUGUGACAUCACAUGUUCAAAAAAAAUUGUAUACCAAAUUUCGAAAGGAUCUCUUCUUAUUCAAGCGAAAUAUCUAGAUUGUAUUUUAAUAAUUUGUUUGUUGUCUCCCCAUUUUAAUAAAUUGUUGAAAUUUAAACAUCGUUAAUUUUCAUAAAUUUGAGUGGUUAUACAGGGUAGGCGGAGUGUUUCUAAAUCUACAACGAAAAAUGUGACAAUUUUUGUUUGUCUUGUAUUAUAAUUUUACCAUGUUUAUUUUGAUACCUGAUUUUAUUUUGUGAUUUUGAAAUUGUUUAUUUUAUUUGAAGCUCAUCUCGUGUUUUAAGAUUAGUUCUAUAGGUUCGAAUUCUAUAUACAUAUGAUUAUCUUUUUAUUGUCUCAAGUAGUUUUUUAUUAUAAUAUUUGAUAUUAUGCAUAUUAUGAAAUAUAUCAGUUUUUAAUCCA